AGGUCUCUCGCGCCUGCGCACUGGCAGCGUAGGCAGGUCGGCAGUACUCCCGCGCUAGCCAGCCACUGGGUCUCGUCUCGACCGGCCUCUAGCCCCGGCAUGGAGAGGGUUUCGUUGGCGACGGGCAGCGCGGGAGCCGCCAGGGCCGAGGGAGCUGCGGCCAUGCCGCCCCCGCCAGCCGUGUCCCCGCCUGCCCUCACCCCGGCACCCGCAGCGGGGGAGGAGGGCCCGCCGCCUUUGCCCGAGGCGGGGGCUCCCGGCUGCUCGGGCGCCCGGCCCCCAGAGUUGGAGCCAGAGCGCAGCCUGGGCCGCAUGCGGGGCCGCUUCGAGGACGAGGACGACGAGUUGGAAGAGGAUGAGGAGCUGGAGGAAGAAGAAGAGGAGGAGGAGGAAGAGAUGAGCCACUUCUCGCUGAGGCUGGAGGGAGGCCGGCCGGACUCCGAGGACGAGGAGGAGCGCCUGAUUAAUCUCUCAGAACUGACCCCGUACAUCUUGUGUUCCAUUUGCAAAGGUUACUUAAUAGAUGCAACUACCAUUACAGAAUGUCUUCAUACAUUUUGUAAAAGCUGCAUUGUAAGACAUUUUUACUAUAGCAACAGAUGUCCAAAAUGCAACAUAGUAGUACAUCAGACACAACCUCUUUAUAACAUAAGGUUGGACCGACAGUUACAAGACAUAGUGUACAAAUUAGUGAUCAAUCUAGAGGAAAGAGAAAAAAAGCAAAUGCAUGAUUUCUAUAAAGAAAGAGGUCUAGAAGUACCUAAACCUGCUGUUCCACAGCCAGUCCCUUCGAGCAAAGGAAGAUCUAAGAAAGUCUUAGAAUCAGUGUUUCGUAUCCCACCUGAACUUGAUAUGUCUUUACUACUAGAGUUCAUUGGUGCUAAUGAAGGCACGGGACAUUUUAAGCCCUUGGAAAAGAAGUUUGUCCGAGUUUCUGGAGAAGCAACUAUUGGGCAUGUAGAAAAAUUCCUCAGAAGAAAAAUGGGUCUUGAUCCAGCUUGUCAGAUAUCAUCUGUGGCGAUCACUUGUUGGAGCAGUAUCAGACACUAAGGGAGAUCCGACGUGCGAUUGGUGAUGCAGCAAUGCAGGAUGGUCUGCUGGUCCUCCAUUAUGGUCUUGUGGUUUCUCCUCUGAAAAUUACUUGAAGAUUCUAGCAGCAUUAGGAGGAGGGAAACGAAAUAAUGAGGCUUCUGCAGGAUUGCAUUUCACCAAAGAUUUCCACACAACAUGUAAUAGCUACCAUUUUGUGCUGCUGGAGACAUAACUUAUCUAUUUUCAGCACGUAGAUUCAUAACAUUUAUAAGUACAACUUGGAAUGACGGAAUGCAUCUGUUUUACUAGAAACUAUAUAUAAAAAGCAUCCAUAGCUCAGGGGGAAAUUUUCAGAGCAUUAAAUUUUUAAAUUCCUUGUGAUCUCAAAUACUUUGACAUUGAUUUUGCUUCCUAAUCUUUGAGGUAAAUCGGUUACUAUUUUCUUCUUUGUUGAGCCAUAUCCCUUUCCCGUUGGCAGUUAGGAUUCUGCUCUCUGGAAUGGUAUCCGUUGGGCAGUCAUACUUUUGGAAAAGAAGGAUGCUUUUGAACUGAAGAUUCAAAGCCAGGCUUUGUUAAACUACAGAGUGUACCUCUUGGACAAAGACCAAAACUACUGGCCACUUUUGUAUGUUGCCAUCAUAUUUGGAACACGUGUCUUUCUUUUACCAGCAAUACUACUACAGAGAUGAUAUAUACUUCUAAAAGGGAUGAAUUAUCAUUCUGUGUGAAGAGACUGUCUCCUGCAGGGUUUAUGGCCUGUACUGUAAGCCUUCAGUGUAAUAAAGACUCCUUUAACAUAUCUUAACAACAAGGGAUGCCUCUUUGAAACAUUCUCUUUAUUAUUUGAAUGUUAGUUUGAUUAGCAUUCACUUUGAGUAUGUAGUUUGGUUGUCAGUACCUUAUAACACCACUGCUUCUCAAAGUAAUAAAUAAACAAGUGAAUUUGCAAGUUUACAGAAUACUUACUCACUGUUCCUCAGUAAGUCAGUUUAAUGUUCAUUGUCCCAUUACUUUGUCACUGGGAUAAAGAAUACGGGUGUUUAAGAGUUCGCUCACGUGCAAAGAUUUCAGUUUUAAAUGUUAUUUUGCCUAAAAUUAGCAUUGUGAUACUUUCUAAAACAAUAUUUUGUAAACCCUAUUUCACUGCAAAAUUUCCAAGUCUGCGUAUAGAAACAAUUACAAAUGAAUGAGGUUUGGCGAUUGUUUUGUAAAGAAUUUGUGAAUUGUGUAUAAAUCUCUUCUAACAUUUAAUAAAAAUUUUUAAUAAAAAUUUAUUUUAACCUA